AUGGUUUUGAAGUCGAACUACCCCGAUGCCCAGCCUCCGACGACGAUGGGGGCGCCACCGAAGAAAGGCCCCCAGCCGUAUCGCAGUCCGUGCUACAGCAGUGCACCAGCUAACCCCACCACCGCCUCAACGCUGACACAGCCUUUUUCUCUGCCCAUGUCGCUGCAGAGCCCGCAGAUGCUGCCGGCGCACGUUUCCCGCCCGACGGUGCUCAUUCCGAUGCCAGGCCACGAGACUAGUGACUCCUCGAAGCAGUCGGGCAAGAUGUACACCCACAACCCCUACGCCUCUACCUGCACCACCCCGUCCACGUGCCCCUCGCAGAGUACCAGUAUGGAGAGCAGCAGCUUCACCUCGUCCUACAUGACUGCAAUGGCACAUCGCCCCAUUGCCAUGACGCCGCCGCACUCCAGCUGCGCCAGCACCUUCCCGGUGUACGCCGCGUCGGAGGGCAGUUGCUGUGAGGCCGGCGCGCUGGCGAACAUGCUGGAGGAUCAGUUCCUCAGCGUCCUCGGUAACAUUCCCUCGACGGCGAUGUCGUCGCGUGGCCGCCAUAUUCUCCUCAACGUCCUCCGGCUGCAGCACAUGGAUAAGAUUCAGAUGAUUUACGACGAGCUUGUGCCGCAGUUCAACAUCGUCGCGAUGGACCAGCACGGCUGCCACGUGGCGCGCACGCUCAUCGAAUACAUUUCCACCCCGAAAAUGGAGGCGUUGGUGCCGUAUAUAGACCCACAUGUCAUUCGGCAGAUGGCGACCACCACACAGCACACACGCCGCGUUCUGCAGGCAAUCUUCGAGCACCACAAGUCCGAUGCACUUAUGCCGAUCGUUGAGGUGGUGACGUCGGACUGCCAGCGUCUCUCGGUCACGCAGCAGGGCUGCAUAGCGAUCAUUCGCAUCAUCGAGUACGCGAAGCCGGCACAGAAGCGGACGCUCAUCAGCGCCCUUGUGCCGCUCCUCUCCACACUGGCUAAGAAUCAGUUCGGUAACUACGUGGUGCAGUGCAUCCUCAAGAACAUGGAGGGGUACGUCUCUCUGAACGACUUGGUUGGAAGCUUCCAGGGGCACUGGGUCGAGCUGUCGUGUGACAAGUACAGCUCCAACGUGAUGGAAAAGAUUGUCGGAAUGCUUCAGGGGAGCUUGCGCCAGCGCAUUGUCAACGAACUCAUCUUUGAUGUCGCGCACCUCCAGUGCCUCAUGCAGAACAGCUUCGGCAACUACGUCCUGCAGGCUGUGAUUGGCAGCGCGGUGAACCAGUACGAGUAUGGGCUGAUUUACGACGCCGUCACCCCGCUCUUGCACACGAGCCCGUACGGGCACCGGAUCGAGGCGAAGCUGAAGAGUCGCUGCGACGCUCUGUACAGCAAGCCGGCCCCGGCAGGCGCCACUCCAAUGGAUGCCAUGAAGAAGUAG